UAAAAGCCAGACACGGACGCAGCGCUGUCGGGGUUUUCUGGUUUUUAGAUGGCGUUCAUGUCUCGGUUCUCCCGGUCCCGGAGCUCCAGGUCCCCCAGCAGAGCAGACCAGGAGCGCGCCUCGCCAGUGUUAACCGUGUCCGAGCUGGAGAGGCUGCUGUGCACGGGCAAAACAGCGUGCAACCACUUGGACGAGGUCUGGCCAGGACUCUACAUCGGAGACCAAGACAUAGCAUCGGAUCGGCGUGAGCUGGCGAGACUCGGCAUCACUCACAUCCUGAACUGUGCCCAGAGUAAAUGGCGCGGCGGGGCGGAGAACUACGCCGGUAUGAACCUCACCUACCACGGCAUCGAGGCUCACGACUCCCCCACAUUUGACAUGAGCGUCAACUUUUAUCCUGCCGCUGAAUUUAUCCACAAGGCCCUGAGCAGCGGAGGUAAAAUCCUGGUGCACUGUGCGGUGGGGGUCAGCCGCUCGGCCACACUGGUGCUGGCCUACCUGAUGAUCAGACAGAACCUCACCCUCGUAGAAGCUAUCAAAACAGUGAAGGACCACCGCGGCGUCAUCCCCAACCGAGGCUUCCUGCGCCAGCUCAGUGGGCUGGACGGCAUCCUCAGAGAGAGCCGUAAGACUACACCAUGGAACCCAGAAAAACCCUGA